GGGGGGGGGCGGGCUGGUCACUGGGGAUUUAAAGGGCCAGCACUUCCUCAGGGGCCCCAGAGGGCUCCGGGAGGUCACCCGCAGAGGCGCGCCUUGCCCUGGUUGUGUGUGGUGCUCCCCAGCCAUGCACCUCUGCGGGGAGGAGCUGCCGACCGAGCCAGUGAGUGUAGGGGGCCCCUCGGAGCAUCAGAAGCAGCUGAGGAAGAAGCAGAAGAACCGGGCAGCUGCCCAGCGCAGCCGGCAGAAACACACGGACAAGGCAGACACCCUGCACCAGGAACUGGAGGGGCUGGAAAAGCAGAACCACGAGCUGCAGAAGGUAGUGGAGCAGUACCGGGAGGAACUGGCAUGGUGGAGCCGCGUCCUACAGCUGCACAAUCGCCAAUGUCCUGGGCUCCGUGCCUCCUCCUAUGAUGCCUUGGCCUCCACACCACCACCAGGUCUGCAGUGUCUGCAGCCUCCACCUGGCCCCUUCCAGGGGCCCCCAGCCCCUAGGCUCUCAGCUCAGCAGCUGCCUCCAGACGCUCAAGGCUGCCCUGGCCUCCUCCUGAGCCCUGGGCCCCCACCGUCCCCAGACCCUGCUGCAGUCACUGCACCUUCUGCCCAGCUGUAUCCUCGCCCACUCCAGCCAUCCUCACCCGCCAGCUGCAGCCUGCUGAGCCCGCCCCCAACACUCACUGGGCCCCUGCCCAGCUCGUCUCCGCAGCCCCUUGGGCAGAAGCUGGGGUCCUCAUCCCACAGCCCCUCAGCCACUCCGGGCUACUAUUUGGAAGCAAUGAAUUUAAAGCCCUUUACCUACCCAUUUCCAGAGACAAGAUUUCUUCAUGCAGGGACCAGCGUGUAUAAAUUCAAGAUCAGAUACGGCAACAAUAUCAGAGGGGAAGAGAUAGAAAAUAAAGAAGUCAUAUUCCAGGAACUGGAGGAUUCCAUUCGUGUGGUCUUGGGCAACCCGGACAAUCUGCAGCCAUUCGCCACAGAGCACUUUGUUGUGUUUCCUUAUAAAAGCAAGUGGGAGAGAGUGUCCCACCUGAAAUUCAAACACGGGGAAAUCAUCUUGGUCCCCUACCCGUUUGUUUUCACCCUGUACGUGGAGCUGAAGUGGUGUCAUGAACACCUGUCACCAGGGAGCUCGGCAAACCACAGUCCUCUGGAGUUGGUCCACACACACAGAAAAGAUGUGAGAGACCUGCGGAGGAAACGGAAGCACGAGGACGUACCCAGGUCCCCCAGCGGGCCAGGGCUGGACAGGGUCAGGAUGGGAACUUGCAGCCAAGGGCCCAGCAGCAAGAAGCCUCUGAUGGAGACCAAGAGGAACAGGGAGAGGAAAACCCAGCUGGAGUGGCAGGACCCCCCAGCCUUCCGUAGCACUGACGUCCAGGAGCAGGAUCCCCAGUGGGGGCUCGGCCCAGCAGAGCACAUCACCCCCCCACUGCAACAGGACAGUCCACCUCGCACGAAAGGACCCUCCCAGCCGGGGCCCAGCGGCUUCUUCGGGUUUAUAAGCUCGCUCUUCCCGUUCCGGUAUUUCUUCAGAAGGAGCAGCCAGUAACCCCCUCGCAAGACAGCAUCUCACGCCACCUCCCACUCCUUCAGCUGCCUGUGGCAUCCCAGCCCCGGAGGUGACGACUCACUUUCCCGGCCUCCUGUGAAUCUGUCCUUUCCUUUGCCUCUCUAGAGCAGAAUGCUUUUAUUCCCAUUUAAAAGACAAAAAAAUAA